UUCACGCCCAAGAAAGUUUCUACGAAAAACAGACACAGACAGAGAGGGAGUCAAGAGUCACAGAUGGAGAGUAGCAGUGCAAGUGAUGCUCAAAUGGUCCUUCAAAACCCUAACAAUGGAGUAACAAUUCGAACGAAUAAGAAAGAAGAGAAGCCAGAGGUGGUGGUUAUAAUGGGUCCCACUGGUUCAGGCAAAUCAAAAUUGGCCAUUGAUUUAGCAACCAACUUCCCCAUUGAAAUCAUCAAUGCUGAUUCGAUGCAGGUCUACCAUAGCCUAGAUGUUCUCACCAAUAAGGUUCCCUUCCAUGACCAAAAGGGAGUUCCUCACCAUUUGCUUGGGAAUAUAAGCCCAAACGUUGAAUUCACAGCAAAGGAAUUCCGGGAUUCUGCUAUUCCUAUUAUUAAUGAAAUAUGGUCACGCAACUGCUUGCCGGUCAUUGUUGGGGGUACCAAUUACUAUAUUCAGGCUCUGGUGAGUCCAUUCCUCCUAGAUGAUAAUUUGGAAGAUUUGGAUGAAAGCUUUCAGAAUCAGCCCCUUGGUAUACAGCAAAUCCAUUGCUUUACAAUUUGCAUUGACAACUUCAGUAUUAUUAAUUUACAAUAUUCCCUAUGGUUUUCAGGAGAUGAACAGAGUGAUGAGACGCCUGAGUAUGGUGGAAAUGGUGCCAAUAGAUAUGAUUAUCUUAAAAAUCUUGAUCCUGUUGCAGCUAACAGAAUUCAUCCAAAUAAUCAUAGAAAAAUCAAUCAGUACCUUAAUUUGUAUUCUCGCUCGGGUAUUCUCCCUAGCAAACUUUAUCAGGGAAAGGCCGCAGAGAACUGGGGUCGCAUUGAUGAUUGUAGAUUCAAUUGUUGUUUUAUUUGUGUUGAUGCUGCAAUACCCGUGCUGGAUCAGUACGUGGGGCAAAGAGUAGAUUGCAUGAUUGAUGCUGGAUUGCUCGGUGAAGUUUAUGAUAUUUACAAUCCUAAUGCGGAUUAUACCCGAGGCUUACGACAAGCCAUUGGUGUACGGGAAUUUGAGGAUUUUCUGGGAGUUUACCGUUUGGAAGGCAGGAAUUGUAGUCCAAAUGAUUCUACUGAUGAAUCUCUCUUCAUGGUAUCAGCAAACAAGGAGAAGAUGCUGAAGGAUAAUAUUAGAGAGAUUCUCUGUUCCUCUGAUGAUAAUGAACUGAAAAUUCUUCUAGUUGAAGCUAUUGACAAAGUAAAAUUAAAUACCAGAAGACUUAUUCGUCGUCAAAAAAGAAGGCUUACACGGCUCCGAACAUUGUUUGGCUGGAAUAUACAUUAUGUUAAUGCAACAGAAUCCAUAUCAAGCAAAUCAGAUGAAUCAUGGUCUGCAGAAGUAGUUGGACCUGCAGUGGAAAUUAUCAGAUCCUUUUUAAGUGAGGAUGGGAGCUCAGUGUCUGAUUUUAGGGCAAAUGAUGGUGCUGGAAUGGGAUCAAUUGGAAGAAACUUGUGGACCCAGUAUGUGUGCAAGGCUUGUGGGGAUAGGGUUCUUAGAGGAGCUCAUGAGUGGGAGCAGCACAAACUAGGCCGUGGGCAUCGGAAACGAGUUUCUAAGUUUCGGAAGGUUCAAAGGCAAGGUUCUUCUUUGGUGGAUCAGGACAUUCUAACCAUAGUUAGCAACCAAGUUUCAGGAUCAUAGAACUUACUGGUUAUGAGCUGGAAUGAUAUGAACAACUCCCAUUCGAGAUUUCUUUAUGGCGGGCAAGGACAUUCUGGCCGUAGUUAACAACCAAGUUUCAGGAUGCAAGGACAUUCUGACCUUAGUUAACAACCAAGUUUCAGGACCAAGAACUCUCUGGUUAUGAGCUGGAAUGAUAUGAACGACUCUCAUUCAAGAUUUCUUUAUGGUGGGCAAGGACAUUCUGACUGUAGUUAGCAACCGAGUUUCAGGAUCAUAGAACUCUCUGGUUAUGAGCUGGAAUAACGUGGACGACCUCCAUUAAAGAUUUCUUUGUAAGGUAUCAUGCUAAAAGGCAACUGGGAAUGUACCAACAUUUGUUACAUCUUUCCUUGUUUCUUGAAAACGGUUGACUUGGAUUCUUGAAUGAGGGUUGUGUUAGGACCUAAUUGCGUACAGAAAAGGCUUAGUUGUAAUAAGGAAAAGCAUCAUUGGAUUUGAUUCUAAUUGUGAGAUUGCUUAUGUGACGAUUGUGCUUACGACUCGAGCAUGCAAUUUGUGAUAUAAAUAAUGAACGUGUAUUGUUGAUGUCAUAAA